AUGGUUCGUACAAAGCAAACAGCUCGAAAAUCAACCGGAGGAAAAAUACCUCGUAAGAAAUUGGAAAGCAGGGCUGCCCGGAAAACAUGCCAUGUUGCGCCCUCGAUACUAAAACCACAAAGAUACCGUCCCGGAUCUGCCGCUCUCCGUGAUAUACGUCGUUACGAGAAAUCCACUGAACUUAGCAUCCGCAGACUGCCAUUCCAGCGUUUGGUAAGAGAAAUUGCUCAGGAUUUCAAGACUGAUCUCCGUUUCCAAUCCUCUGCUAUGAUGGCUGCUCAAGAGGCUACUGAGGCUUACAUUAUCCAUCUUUUCGAAGAUACCAACUUGUGUGCUAUCCACGCCAAGCGUGUUACCAUCAUGCCUAAGGACAUCCAAUUGGCCAGACGCAUCCGUGGAGAACGUGCUUAA